GACUAUUAUACGUUUUUCGAACGCACCAAAGCAUUGAGCCAUAGACAACUGUCACUAACUUGUCAUUGUGGAUGACAUUUCCUACAUUCGGCCAUUUUGUACAAAAUGGUGAAGGUGUAAACAUCGACCGGCGGACAACUCUUUCGGAAAUCCAGUUUUACUAGCGGAAUCCUUAAGGAGAAAUGGCGCCUAAAAAAAAUUAUACGCCUGCACAAAUGGCUCAGGCUAUAGAAGCGGUCAAAAAAGGCGAAAAAAUUACAACUGCAGCAAACAAGUAUGGUGUGCCCAGGAUUACCCUAUAUGACAAAAUUUCGGGUAAAACUCCAGUCGAGUAUUCUAUGGGUCCUAGUACCUAUUUGUCUACAGAAGCAGAAAACCUUUUAGAAAAAUGGGUAAUUGACAUGGCGGAAAAACACAUUCCCAUUACAAGAGACGAAUUGCUUGACAGUGUGCAACGCAUUAUUAUGGACCAGAAGAUAAAAACGCCUUUUACUGACGAUAGGCCAGGCAAGAAAUGGUAUAAUCUUUUUCUAAAAAGACAUCCUGCUUUGUCUGAGCGAACAGCACAAAAUUUAACAACGGCGCGAGAUGCAGUAACGGAAGAAAAUAUAAAAAAAUGGUUUAAAGAAGUUGAAUCAUAUAUACAAGAAAACGUUCUAAAAGAAGCUUCGGAAGACCCUCAAAGAAUUUUUAAUACGGACGAGAGCGCCUUCUAUUUGUCCCCUAAAGCCGGGAAAGUUCUUGCAAGAAAAGGUGACAAACAUGUCUACCGAUCAUCUGGAGACGAUAAGGACAAUUUGACAGUGUUGAUUACCGGGAAUGCAGCUGGACAAUUGGCACCCACUAUGGUAGUGUAUGUGUCGUGGCCAUAUCGUAGAUUUGCUCAUUUCAUGAAAUGGCCAAUUUAGUUUGGCCAGGUUUCACGAUUAGGUCAUCCAGAUUUGGCCAGAUCGUCGAUCUGGCCAAACGUGAAUGGCCAUUUCACGAAAUGCGACCAUUUUUGUUUCUUUUUUAAAAAGCGAUUCGCUUCUGGCACUCGCCGGCCGCUGCCGCGGCACGCCCGCUUUACUCGCUCGGCUCGUACGUUGUUUAUUAAAGUCUAACCUAACCUAACCUAACCUAUAUUUUAUACGAUCUGGCCAAAUGCCGAUGACCAAAUCGUGAAACGUUGACGAUUUAACGAUCCAGAUCAAACUAUGUUGGCCAUUUCAUGAAAUGAGCAAAUCUACGAUAUGGCCACGACAUAUGCCUAUGAGAGACAGUUCCAUCUGCAAUUUCAUCUCCGUUUCCAAAAGAAUGGUCAAUUGGACGCACAGCAAGUGAUAGAGAGAGAUAGAGAGAAUAAGUAAUGAUUGUAGUGCCAUUGUUUUUUAUUUUAUGAUAA